CGUGCGCGCGCUGCGUCGUACUGCGCAGGCAGAAAGCAAAGAUGGCCGCCUGUGCGCUACGAAGGGGCUUGCUGAGCGGUGUCAGCAGAUACAGCAGAAAAGCCUCCCACAGAAUACUGAGCGUCUCCGACAUUAAAGGUGGCGCUGAGGCCAACAAGCCGUGGCUACAAUGCCGAGCCUGCGGCCUGCUGGGCGGCGUCCAACAGAGCAGGUUAAUGUCGUCACGAAACAGGCCUGAAGGGAAGAUUCUGGAGCCUGUCGGUGUGUUUGAAGCAGUGAAGCAGCACGGCAAAUAUGAAACGGGACAGCUGUUUCUCCACAGUGUGUUUGGCUACAGAGGUAUCGUUCUGUUUCCGUGGCACGCCCGCCUCUAUGACCGAGACAUCACCCCUCCAGUGUCUGACAGCCAACCGGAGCCGCCGCCCGGAGCCCACGGCUCCAAGGAGGUGAAGGGGAAGACUCACACCUACUACCAGGUCCUGAUCGACACCAGGGACUGUCCUCACAUCUCCCAGAGGUCUCAGACUGAAGCCGUGACGUUUCUGGCCAACCAUGAUGACAGCAGAGCGCUGUACGCCAUCCCAGGUCUGGAUUAUGUGAGCCAUGAGGACAUCCUGCCGUAUAACUCAGCAGAGCAGGUCCCCAUCCAGCACGAGCUGUUUGAGCGCUUCCUCAUGUACAACCCUACCAAAGCUCCUCCGUUUACGGCCAGAGACACCCUGAAGGCCUGGCAGGAGAAGAACCACCCCUGGCUGGAGCUGUCAGAUGUCCACAGGGAGACGACGGAGAACAUCCGGGUCACCGUCAUCCCCUUCUACAUGGGAUUGAGGGAAGCACAGAACUCCCACGUUUACUGGUGGCGCUACUGCAUCCGUCUGGAGAACCUGGGCAGCGAGGUGGUGCAGCUGAGAGAGAGACACUGGAGGAUCUUCAGCCUGUCGGGAACCUUGGAGACGGUCCGGGGCCGAGGCGUCGUAGGAAGGGAACCCGUGUUAUCUAAAGAACAGCCAGCCUUCCAGUACAGCAGCCAUGUCUCUCUACAAGCUCCAAGCGGCCACAUGUGGGGGACGUUUCGCAUCGAGAGAACCGACGGCUCCCACUUCGAUGUCCGGAUUCCUCCGUUCUCCCUGGAGAGCAACAAAGACGACAAGGCGCCCCCUGCUGGCUACACGUUCUGAGUCCUGCCUGGUUCUCCCUGUGACGCUCGGCGGCGGCGGUAGACGAUCCAACCUCUGGUCCAUUUAGCUUCUGUUCUGUUCACCGUUUCAUGGAUUAAACCAUAGAGUAGAAAUCUG